AUGACCUCAAAAAUAUGGAAGAUCUUUAUGGAUGGGGCAUCCAACAAUUCAAGCUCGGGGACCAGUGUCAUCAUUACAAGCCCUGACAGGAGCACAGAAAUACAAUGUGCGCUCAGAUCUGAAUUUGAGGCCACUAACAAUGGGGUAGAGUAUGAAGCUAUUUUCAUAGCUUCGGAAUUUGCUAAAAAUCUCGAGCUGGAGCAUGUUAAAACUUUCAGUGACUCACAGCUAGUUGUCGGGCAAAUUGAGGGGUCUUUUGAAAGAAAGGAUGAAAAGAUGAAUUUAUAUUGUCUAAAAGUACAUGACCUUCAGAGAAUAGUGCACAUCAAGAUGGUAACCGAGCCUAGCAUAACUCAAAAGACAAGCGUCAUGGAUAUUGAUCAUGAACCCUCUUGGAUGGAUCCGAUAGUUGAAUUCAUAAGCAGUGGAAACCUACCAUCUGAUCCAAGGGUUGCCAGAAGUAUCCGGUCUAGAGCUGCAAGGUACUGUAUCAUUGGGGGAAUUUUGUUUCGCAGGAGUUUCACACUCCCUUAUUUGAGAUGCCUCAAAUCUUCUGAGUCUCUUCAAGCCUUGACUGAAGUUCAUGAAGGUGUGUGUGGAAACCAUCAAGGAGCCCGAGUUCUUGCAUAUAAAUUGAUAAGCUCUUUUCAACAAUGGAGAGUUGACAUUCUUGGACCUUUCCCCUUGGCCAGAGGGCAAUUAAAGUUUGUGGCUGUGGUAGUUGAGUACUUCACAAAAUGGGUAGAGGCUGAAUCCCUGGCAACACUCUCGGAGCCCAAACUCAGAUCAUUCAUAUGGAAGUCCAUUGUAUGCAGGUUUGGAGUAUCAAAGGUCCUCAUAACGGAUAAUGGGAGAAUUGGGGACGCGAAAAAUAACUUGCCAGAUGAGCUGCCUUCCAUACUUUGGGCGUACAAAAUUUCACAUAAGACCGCAACUGGCGAGACACCUUUUAUGUUAGCCUUUGGACUUGAAGCUACCAUCCCAAUCAACCUCGCAACGAUAAAGAAGUUCGAGACAAAUGUGGAGGAACAAACCACUGAACAUCUUGACUUGCUUGAAGAAGUAAGAGAGCAGGCAUCACUCAGAACUGCAAAUUAUUAG